UCGUGGUGAACGUUGUACAAAGCGGUGUUUGAUUAAAAAGUAAUCAUUCGAAAAAAUACAUUGACAGACGCGUACAAAUGAAUAAAAGUAACAAAUUAAUAUCUUAGAAGAUAAUUCAUAAAAAUAUACUAUUAAUCUACCGUUAUUAAUGUUGAGGCGGUGUCGAACGAUUAUAGAAGAGGUUAACUUUCGGUAACUACAUAUAUAAAAAGUAAUCGACACAAUGCCGUAUGGUUUAUCAUGGCCUCGAUUUAUUUGCUUUUCUACUGCAGCAUUUCUUGCGAUGGCAACCGGUUCUCAAAUGGUGCAUCUUAUAUAUAGGCCACUCGACGAUUUAGAUGAUCUUAUAGAAGUAGCAUUUCAAAAAAGACUAUCGGAACUUCAUCAGAAAUAA